UCCAGCCUGCCAGGGUCAUUGUGGGAGUGGGACUCUGAGAGGAUCCGGAUCGCAAAUCUAUGGGCUUAAUCUUGAAUCUUCGCAAAGGGGAAGCAGGAAAUAUCGGUCGGGGUCAGGCGUUGGAUCUUUUUCGCUUUUCGCAGAUACAAAAGAAAUAUCUCACAGGCUCUUGUUUAUUACGCUGACGCAAGUGAUGCGCGACUAACCUCGUCAACCACCGCCGCCUCCGCCAUGUCCGGCGUUGAGUCGCCUGAUCUUCACACUCCGACAUUAGACAGGGAGUCUUCGGGGCUCAUUCAGUCCAUUUCCCAGCAUGGAGGCUAUGCUUAUGUCAGGAUGGCGUUUCUGGCGGCCGCCGGUGACUUUCGCGCUGCUGAAGCGGCUCGUGAGAUGGCGUGGGAGCAGCUUCACUCGGGGCCCUGGUACUCUGUCCCCCCGGUGUGGCGUGAUGCAUACUCUAUGGCUUGCCUCCUCGUGGCCAGGUACCAUUAUAGAACUGGUGAGUUCAAGGAGGCCCUUAGGGCUUUGGAUAUGGGUCUUAUCAUGGGAGGAAUGCUUCUAAGGAAGGACUUGGACUCUGCUGUUGAGAAAGUUUCGGUGGAGGUCAGAAACAUUGGGGUUUCUGAAGAUUGCUGUGGAGGUUUGAAGUAUGAGCAUCCACUUGUUAAUCAGCAACUUAAUAACACCGAGGUGCUCCAACUUCUACCUUUCAAGUCUCUUUCAAGUAAAACUGUAUUGAAGAAGGCAGCUCUGUCAUUGGAAAGAUUUCUAAAAGAUUAUUACCUAUCCCGUUCCCCAGUUAUUAUCAGUGAUUGUAUGGAUCACUGGCCAGCCAAGGCAAAAUGGAAUAACAGAGAUUAUUUGAAGAGAGUUGCUGGUGACCGUACAAUUCCAGUCGAGGUCGGGAAGAACUACCUAAGUGCAGAGUGGAAGCAAGAGCUAAUUACUUUCUCCGAGUUUCUUCAGCGGAUUGAUUCUCCUGGCUGCUCACCUCUGGGCCCUACAUAUCUUGCUCAGCAUCCAUUAUUUGAUCAGAUAACUGAGCUUCGGAAAGAUAUUUGUAUACCAGACUAUUGUUUUACUGACGGAGGUGAGCUUAGAUCUGUCAAUGCUUGGUUUGGUCCAGCUGGGACAGUAACGCCUUUACACCAUGAUCCACACCAUAAUGUAUUAGCGCAGACAUUGCUAAAAUCUUUCUGAAUAAAGGCCCGAGAAGUAUGGACACAGAACAUCACAAAGAUGGUGGAAGACAAAAUUUGAAGUGUUGCGUCUUGUUAAUACAAGUAUUCUGCGACAGACGUGGAGAUAGCUCUUUCCUAAAGUACUCAUAUUUCAUGGAUAAAAGAUUUUUUAUAAAUAUAAUUUAUAUCAACAACUUUUAUUUGUCCCCUUGAAGAAAAGGAAAGCAAAGCUUGAUUACAAAGUCAAAAGAGGCGAGAAAAGUUAUAUCUUUUUAUGCCUAUAAACAACAGUACAUUCUGGAAUAAAGUGAUCAAGGUAAGUGGUAAGAGGGAUGCUAUGAUGAGCACUCUUGGCAAUGAGGUCGGCUGAUUGCCUCACGGUAAAAAAUGAUGUAAUUCAGACCCAGUUAGCUCAGCCAUGUUGUAGCGGAUGCCUUGUACUUUUUCCCAGAAAGGAUGUCCAGGAUGGCCAUCACGAAAGAUGAGGUUCAAAGCUUUGAGUGAGUCAAUGAACAUGAGUACUGAUGACAUUUGAAGCUGUGUACAGAUUCGAAUCCCUUAUGAACAACUAUGAUAUAUUGUGCAUGGCUUUUUUUUCCAUCCUUAAGUUCUCUAAAUCGUAAAUCAUGUGUUAAGCCAAAUAAGAAAAUGAUUCUCGUAAUCUUGGCACUCUUACAAUUCAUUAUCGUUUCUGUUGUCAACUUUCUACACCUCCCAAAACAGUACGGAUUCAUAUCCUGUUUGGACUUCUCUUCCUCUCCUGUUAGUUUACAUGCUUGAAAGCUAUCUGAAGCCCCAUUACGUAAAAUGAUAUGAGCAUGACUGGGAUCAAUGUUAU